AUGGCUGCAGCUCCCAAAUUCUUCCAAACGAACAAGAAGGGCGAGAACUUUGAACUAAAGGCAGACCUCAACUCGGAAUACAAGGAAAAGCGUAAAGAAACUGUCAAAAAAGUCAUUGCAAACAUGACCGUCGGAAAGGACGUAUCCUCUCUCUUUGCUGACGUUGUGAAAAACAUGCAGACUGAAGAUUUGGAAUUGAAGAAACUCGUAUAUCUCUACCUAAUCAACUAUGCGAAAUCCCAGCCUGAACUCGUCAUCCUCGCCGUAAACACGUUUGUAAAGGACUCGGAUGAUCCAAAUCCAUUGAUUCGGGCUUUGGCGAUUAGGACUAUGGGGUGUCUACGUGCUGAAAAGAUUAUUGCGUAUCUCAUGGGGCCGUUGCAGAAAGCUCUUAGAGAUGAUGAUCCAUACGUUCGAAAGACAGCUGCCAUCUGUGUUGCAAAAUUAUUCGAUAUUUCACCAAACACCGCCAUCGACAACGGCCUGAUUACGAACUUGCAAGAAAUGCUAUCAGAUAGAAAUCCAAUGGUCAUUGCAAAUGCUGUCGCUGCUCUGGCCGAAAUCAGUGAAUCCUCUGUUAGAAAGGACAUUUUCACAAUCACCUCUUCCAUAUUGACGAAAUUGUUGGCUGCUCUCAAUGAAUGCACAGAAUGGGGUCAAAUCUGCAUUCUUACCUCACUUGCGAGUUACAAACCAAGUGAUGGAAAAGAAGCUGCAGAAAUUGUCGAGCGUGUACUGGCUAGAUUACAACACGCUAAUGCUAGUGUAGUCUUAUGUGCUGUCAAGGUCUUGGUUGUAUACAUGAGUGACAUUUCAGACGAUUUACAGAAGCAAGUGGUCAAAAAGAUGGCUCCUCCAUUAGUCACUCUCCUCUCUGCUGAACCUGAACUCCAAUACGUGGCACUACGAAACAUCAACCUCAUUCUCCAAAAACGACCAGACGUCCUCUCACAGGAAAUGAGAGUCUUCUUCACAAAAUACAAUGAUCCACCAUACGUCAAACUCGAAAAACUAGAGGUUAUCAUCAAACUGGCCACUGAUGUCAACAUUGAUCAAGUCUUGUCAGAAUUGAGAGAAUAUGCUAACGAAGUCGAUGUCGAUUUUGUGCGUAAAUCUGUGCGUGCUAUUGGAAGAUGUGCCAUCAAGAUUGAUUCUGCUUCAGAACGAUGUGUGAAUGUCUUGUUGGAAUUGAUCAAGACAAAGGUUAAUUAUGUCGUUCAGGAGGCUAUUAUUGUCAUGAAGGAUGUUUUCCGAAAGUAUCCACACAAGUAUGAAGGUAUCAUACCGUCUCUCUGUGAGAACUUGGAUUCUCUCGAUGAACCAGAAGCCAAAGCAUCGUUGAUCUGGAUUAUUGGAGAAUAUGCUGAAAGGAUUGAGAAUGCUGACGAGUUGUUGGAAGGAUUUUUGGAAAAUUUCAAGGAAGAGAAUGCUACAGUGCAACUACAAUUAUUGACAGCCGCUGUCAAACUCUUUUUGAGAAAGCCAGCUAUGGCUCAAGACAUGGUACACAAGGUUUUGCAAACUGCGACACAGUCUGUCGAUAAUCCAGAUAUCCGGGAUCGUGCAUUUGUGUAUUGGCGUUUGUUGUCUACUAGUCCUCAAGCAGCCAAGGCUGUCGUUAUAUCAGAAAAACCACCUAUAGAAGCAGAUACCACUGUCAGUGAAACUUUGUUGGACGACCUCAUCAUCAAUAUCGCGACACUGGCCUCUGUAUACCACAAGCCCUCAUCCCAAUUUGGUGGUACUUCAAUUCAGAUUCAGACCGUUCGUGAGGAUGAUGUAGAAGAAGGAGGAGACGAUCUAGUCUCACCAGAUGAGCUAGGCGCUAUCAGUGGAGUCGCAACAUCAUCCAAGAAGACCACCAUUGGAGAUUUAUUAGACUUGGACUUUGGCAGUGAACAACCUGCAUCUCCAGUAGUCAACAAUAAUAUUUCACCACAAGGAAUGAUGGGAAUGAUGUCAUCACCACCCAGCCACAACAUGUCGGCUCCACCACCACAGCAACAACAACAAUCUAAAGGUGGUUUAGAUGAUUUAUUGGGUCUAGAUUCAGGACCAUCCAUGAUGCCAUCAAUGGGUGGAAUGCAGAGUCUUGGUGGUGGUAUGCAAGGUCUGUCUAUCAAUCCAACUAGCAAUAAACUAUCGCCUGCUUCUGGUGGUGGUAUGGCCAUGUUUGGAUCAAGUCCACCGUUUGGAGGAGCCAAUUUGAUGGGAUCGUCGGUAGCAUCACCAGCUGCUGCUGUUACGCAGCCAUUCGUGCCACCCAAAGUACCACUAUUGACUGCUGCUACAGCUCAGGGGUUGGAUUUAAGUGGUGCUUUUGUCAGACGUAAUGGUGUACCAUAUAUGGAUUUGAGCUUUGCAAACCGUUCUCCAACUCCAUUAUUUGAUUUCGCUAUUCAAUUCAAUGUCAACUCGUUUGCAUUGACGAACGCUGCUCCGCUGGUAGUACCAACCAUAUCACCCAAUGGUGUCGCAGAAGUCAGUCUGGCAUUGAGUGCAACUGGCAAUGUGCAAAAAAUGGAACCCGUGAAUUUGCUUCAGGUCGCCAUCAAGGAUAAUCUAGGAGUGUUUUACUUUAACGCCAUGGUUCCCUUGUAUGCGCUAUUUGGAGAGGAUGGUGCAUCUGUUGAUACGAAUGCGUUCAGUAGUCAGUGGGCUGAUGUGACUGUGCCAUCAAGCAGUUUCGCACUUGGUGGAUUUGCGAUAUCUGAUGUUGCCAACAAGUUGAGACGAGGGAAUAUUUUCGUAGUUGGGCCUCCUAGUCCUUCAAUCUUCAGAGCAGUUGCCAAAUUAUCUAACGGUGCACUAGUAGUGGCCGAGAUGACGAUGCAACCAACAGCCUUAUCUGUAACUGCGAAAUCACGUGCUCCUGAAUUGUUGCCCCUCUUCCAGCAGACGUUGGACGUGAUUUUGCGCUGA